AGGGGGAUGUGGUGCUGCCGCGGCCGCCACCGCAGCUGCCGCUGCCUGCUCUUUGCCGCGUCUUCCCGGAGGCGGCUGCUGGGAGCCGUCGGGAGCAGCUGAGCUGCUCUGCCAUAUUGUGUCUUCCCCUGCCCGUCCCUCGCCUCCCCGCUGCGGCGGCCGAGCAGACGAACUGUAAGAGUAAAUGGGUCCAGUAAUUGGAAUGACUCCAGAAAAGAGAGCUGAAACUCCAGGAGCUGAAAAGGUUGCAGGAUUAAGCCAGAUUUACAAAAUGGGAAGCUUGCCUGAAGCUGUUGAUGCUGCCAGGCCAAAGGCCACUGUAGUGGACAGUGAGUCAGCAGAUGAUGAACUCACAAACUUGAACUGGCUUCAUGAAAGUACUAAUCUUCUAACAAACUUCAGCUUUGGAAGUGAGGGUCUUCCAAUCGUUAGUCCAUUGUAUGACAUAGAGGGAGAUGAUGUGCCAUCCUUAGGACCAUCUUGCUAUCAGAACCCAGAAAAAAAAUCAGCAACUGCAAAGCCCCCAUACUCCUUUAGUCUUCUCAUUUACAUGGCUAUUGAACACUCUCCAAAUAAAUGUUUGCCUGUCAAAGAAAUUUAUAGCUGGAUUUUGGACCGCUUCCCAUAUUUUGCUACUGCACCAACAGGCUGGAAGAAUUCUGUUCGACAUAAUCUGUCCCUGAAUAAAUGUUUUCAGAAAGUGGAAAGAAGCCAUGGCAAGGUUAAUGGGAAAGGUUCCUUAUGGUGUGUUGAUCCAGAAUAUAAACCCAACCUUAUGCAGGCACUGAAGAAGCAACCUUUUUCCUCAGCAUUGACAUUUUACACCCCUCCUGCAUCUCCACAAAGUGGCUCUUUAUCACCUCACUUCUUAAACUCUGUACUCAAGCAGAACCAGGUGCGAACCCUCAAAGAAUCUGAUAUUGAUGCUGCCACUGCAAUGAUGCUUUUAAAUACUUCUAUAGAACAAGGAAUUUUAGAAUGUGAGAAGCCUCUUCCUCUUAAAACAGCAAUGCAAAAAAAGAGGAGUCACAGCAGUGCAUUUAAUCAUCCCAGUACUGUGAGAUUGCAAGAGAGUGAUUCUUUGGCCACGAGCAUUGAUCCAAAAGAAGACCACAAUUACAGCGCAAGUAGCAUGGCAGCACAGCGCUGUGCAUCCAGGUCUAGCGUGUCUUCUCUGUCCUCUGUGGAUGAGGCGUAUGAUUUUAUCCCAAAGAGCAGCCAUGUGGGAAGUGAUGGCAGUGAAGGAUUUCACAGUGAAGAAGAUACAGAUGUCGAUUAUGAAGAUGAUCCUCUUGGAGACAGUGGCUAUGCAUCACAGGCUUGUGCAGAUACCUCUGAAAAAGGGCAGCCAGGCAAAAAGAUGCGUAAACAGUUAUGUCAAGAAAUUGAUGAGGAGCUCAAAGAGGCAGCUGGAUCUCUGCUCCACCUUGCUGGAAUCCGUACAUGUCUGGGUUCCCUAAUAAGUACUGCAAAGACACAAAAUCAAAAGCAGCGGAAAAAAUAGAAAUACUUAUUAGUGUGAAAUUAUUUUCAAGUGUGGCAAUACUCUUCUACUUAAUUCUUUACAAGGGAUAUCAAAGCCAUAAUGGACUUCUUUUGGUUUAGGGUGGGGGAGGGGUGCUAAUUACCUGUUUAUUUCAAAACAUUUGUUUGAAUCUUUAUUAAAUAAUUGCUGUUAGGACCAUGCCCAACCAUAGAUACGAUGCCAAGCCCUAAAAGCAUAAUUUUUGUGAUAAGUGUCUUUAAAAUUUGGAAAUUUUUUAUAGGAAAAUCCACAGCCUGUGUCUUAAAACUUGUAGGAAGUAUCUUUUAUUAUUAAUAUGUUAAAGUGUAAGAAUUGGCAACUCUGUAGCUUUUUCUCAUUUUCUUUUCCAAUCAUUUGUAAUUAGCUAUAGUUGCUGAUCCAGCCAAAAAUGUUGCUGAUGUCUUUCUCACAUACUUCUCUCUGGACACAUGCAACCCAGUAGAAUGAGAUUUGGAUUUUUUAUUUUGUCUUAAUUUUUGUUUUUAAUUAUUUUUUGUUGAAGCGUGGACAUACUUGAAUAUAAAUUGGAAAAGGUCCUAGAUGUCUAGAAAGCUCCUUUUGGUUACAUAGGCAGGAAGUACAGCAAAGAGUUCUAAAAUUUAGAAAAGGCAGUUUUAUGGUAAAAUUUCAUCUAAGAACACUCCAAUUCCUAUUACAAUAUUAUCUUUGAUUUUUUUUUUCUUCCCAGAUGUUGCAUAACAUUUACUGGGGCCUUUUGUUUGUUCCCAAAGUGCUUUGCAACCAUUGUUUGAAUUUUAGCCACUAGCUGUCUUUGUUGAAUGGAAACAAUCCAAUGAGAGGAUAUAGCCAUAAAGUGUGUUACAGGGUUAGCACCCAUUUUGACACACUUUUUGCAAUAAGAGAAUCUUUCAUGUGUUGUUAAAUGGACUGCAUUCUGGGAAUUUUGUAGUAGGAAUGGAGUGUAAUCUAAUAGAAAUAUUUUGAAUAGUUACUACUUAUGUCCUUUUAAAUAAAGAUAGAUCAUUUAGGAAAAAGCUUCUGUUCGAGGUUUGUAUGAAUUAAAUCUGUAUGUAUUCCUAGUUAAAUUUAAAAGGAUUUAACAAAACUAUAGAGACAAAGUACCUUCAUGAGUUUUAAAAUUCACAUACAAUUAAAUCUUAUACAGUAUACGCUUUGGGGGAGGCAGUAUAAUAUAUGUGCCAUUUAUUCCAUGCUAAAAGAUUUUAUAUUGCUGUUCCAAAGGUGCACUAAAGCUUUUAAGUAUUUGAACAAAUCUGCUUCUGUGAGACAUUUUUCCAUAUCAUUUUUAUAGUUUGACUUUAUUAUUUAGAAAGAACACAGGAUACUAAUAAAACUAAACUUACUCAUUAUGUAUAUAUUUUUACAGUAGUGGGAGCAACUUUCCAAAAGUUCAGUCUUAUCUUAUGGUACAUUCUGUUUUAUAACAAUGACCUUGUUUUCAUUUUUCUGAUAAUUUCGUAUAUACAUACAUACAUACAUACAUAGAUACAUAGGCUCAUGAUUUGGGUUGGUUACUUCAGCUGUUUCUAUGACUAAAGCAUUUUCUUGGAUUUUUUUUUAAGAGAUACUUUUAUUUUCAUUUGUAAAUUUUAUUUGAGCAAAACUGUUGAAUGAGAAGCAUAAUGGAAAACAUCUUUUUCAAUUGGUAAAACUUUAAGCCAGGGAUAACAACAUUAAUAUUACCUGUCCUGUUUCCAUGUUCAUUGUAAUUAAACUUGGAUAGCCAUGUUAAUAGUAUCGGUGCUGUUGAAAUACAGUAAUUUUUAAAUUUGUUGAUAAUGAAAAAUAGUUCUUAA